CACAUUUCCUCUAGCUUCUCGGCGUGCACUUCUUCCAUGGGCCGGCUUUUGACUUAGAUUUGACACUCACAGCCCUCGCCCCGCCGGACCACGGUCCAUGUCGUCCCCGAGUCCACCUGCUGAGCCCCACGAAGACCAGGUUGCGGCUGGCGAGACAGAAAUAGCUGGGCAUCACGGAGAGAAACCCUUGGACUUGUCUGAGAAGGUCGCAACACCUCAGGAGCCUCUCGCCGAGAGCUCCAACCCACAGCAGGAUGCACCGAGUCAGGGAGCGGGGCAGGCAGGUGCUGAAGAAGAGGAUAAGAUAAACACUAGUGAGACUACAGUCAAGGAGGAUGCCGCACAAGCUAAGACUAGCUCGCUGGCAGCUGAGCUCGUAGAAAGCUCUCAAACUGAGAGUAGUGGGGCUGGCGGCGCAAAGCCAGAGCUGCAUCCACCAGUAACUGGGAAAUCGGAUGGGCAAGCGAUAGCCCAGAAUGAGAAGGCCACACGAGCUACAACUCCUCCUCCAGAUCUGCCCUCGAAACAGGGGGAAGUGCGGUCUCCGCCUCCUCCUCCACCGCCACCGAAGGACGACAAGUAUCUAGCUUCGGGUCAAGACGCACCAGUCCGAACGAAGUCACCUCUAAUACAAGAUGAGAAGGCCCAUGGAAGGAAAUCGGAGGACGCCGAUGCGGCUGAAUACAACGAAAAGGAUAUAGGAGUCCAGGAUGUGGACGAUUCGCGGUCUGAGAUACAAAGUAUCAUGGAACAGUUCGACGACGAGAGCGCGGCUCUCGGUAUGGAAGAGAUCAUGUCUCCUCGGCUAGAAUUUGCUGGACCUGUAUUGGAGUCUCCCAUACACCCUCCAAGGAGAUCGAGUUUGGAGCCCCUGAGUGCAGCUUCAAUAACUCACAACACCGAAGAAUCCGGUCUCACCAACAGGGCUCUUGGCUCACCACCGCCCAGGACUUCCUCUCUCUAUAGCCUCAACACUGGAAAAAACAAAGCUCCAACAAACGAUAACCCCUCCUCCCCAGCUAUACACAAGCCACCUCCUCCAGAACCAGACCCUGAACCAGAUCUGCCCUUUGACUUCCAUCGCUUUCUCGAGCAACUACGACAUAAGUCAGCUGACCCCGUAGCUAAGUUCCUCCGUUCGUUUCUACUCGAGUUCGGGAAGAAGCAGUGGAUGGUUCAUGAACAAGUCAAGAUCAUUGGAGAUUUCUUGGAGUUCAUUAGCAAGAAGAUGGCACAAUGUGAGGUCUGGCGGACGGUAUCAGACGCUGAGUUUGACAAUGCCCGAGAAGGCAUGGAGAAACUUGUUAUGAACCGCCUAUAUUCACAAACUUUCUCGCCCGCAAUAGCACCACCUGAGCCCAUUGCAGGAGGGAAAAGCAGAUCACGACGUGGACAAGAACAAGUGGGACACGGUAGGAGGGGCCAGCAUCAAGAAGACGUCGAAAGAGACGAGGUCCUGGCCCAAAAAGUACGAAUAUAUAAAUGGGUGAAGGAAGAGCAUCUCGAUAUCGGCGCCGUUGGUGACAAGGGUCGGAAGUUCCUAGUUCUGGCUCAACAAGAGCUACUCAAGAUUAAGAGCUACCGUGCGCCAAGAGACAAGGUGAUAUGUGUUCUGAACUGCUGCAAGGUCAUUUUUGGAUUUCUACGGACCUCACAGUCAGAUCAGUCAGCUGAUGCCUUUGUGCCUCUUCUGAUCUAUACUGUUCUACAAGCGAAUCCCGACCAUCUAGUGUCAAAUGUGCAAUACAUUUUGCGAUUCCGUAACCAAGACAAGCUAGGAGGCGAGGCCGGCUACUACAUUUCAUCUCUCAUGGGUGCAGUCCAAUUCAUCGAGAACCUCGACCGCACCUCCCUCACCAUCUCAGACGCAGACUUCGAAGCCAACGUCGAAGCAGCCGUCUCCGCAAUCGCGGAGCGCCACAACGCCGAAGAUGAAGAAGAAGAAGCCGAGCAGCAGAAACUCCUCCAAGCCCACCCCCCAACAACCCCAGGCCACCCCGGACACCGGCGCAUGCCCUCCCCCCACCUCCACCUCUACGAAAAAUCAGCCCUCAGCCGGCCCGAAGUCACACCCCGCAACUCCCUGGAUGCCGAAAGCGUACCCCCUCGCCGCUCCACAAGCCUCAAACAAAACGGCAGCAGCAGCCUCGCCGAACCGCCUGCCGAGGAAGAAAAUGCCGCCGUCGCAGGCUUGCUCCGCACCAUCCAGCGCCCCCUCAGCACCAUCGGCCGCAUCUUCUCAGACUCGGACAGCUCGCACACGAAGCCGAACCAACCGUCGGCGACGCCCCAGCCGGGCAGCACGCCGCGCCUCUCCCCCGCGCCCCGGCUGCCGCGCCGAAGCAGCGACCAGCCCCGCAGCUCGAGCGAGAAGGAGAGGAAGAGCCAGGACCAGCAGUGCGCGGCGCAGCGGCUGAGCGCUGAAGACGCGGCGGCGCGGCAGGCGAGUGCCGAGGCGGAGGAGGCGCGGCGCAUUCAGCGGCAGGAGCAUCGCGUUGUGGUUGAGACGCUGGCGGGCAUGUUUCCCGGGCUAGAUAGGGAGGUUAUUGAUGAUGUUGUGAGGCUGAAGGAGGGGAGGGUUGGAUUAGCAGUUGAUGCGUGCUUGGCGCUUAGUAAUCCGUAAUAGGAUUCAUGUAUCUUUUGGGUUCGGGGUGUGGGUACGCAUUUUGGUUCUGCAUGGCGUGGUCACACUGGCGUUGCUGAUUCCUUCCUCUUGUCUCGGUACGGUUUUUGGUAGGAUAGGAUAGAUCCGUUUUGAGCGUCGGUGGCGGGACGCUUAUGGCACACGCUGUUUUCUCCUCACGUUUUCAGGACGCAUGACGGUGUGAAACAAUAUGGCGUACUCAUACCUCCUACUUCCGCCACUACAGCUAACUCCAGGCAACGC